AUGAUGGAACAAAAAAUUCAAGAAGCUAGUGUUAAACAAAAAUUAGCGACCAGAGAUCAAGAAGGUAAAUUGAUAAAGUUCGAAGUUCGAGACGAUCCCGAACAGAAAAACAAAUGCGACGAAACAAUGGAACUGUUAUUGGCAGCUGGUUAUUUUCGUGUAAGAAUAAAAGGUUUAUCAGAAUUUGACAAGAUUGUCGGUGGUCUCGCCUGGUGUAUUCAAGCAUGCAACUUUGCAGUAGACAUUGAUGUUUUGUAUCAAGAAAAUUCAAUAUUGAGACAAAAAAUUGCAUUAACUGAACGUAUUGUACUCGUAUUAUCGCAAAUGAAAUGUCCAUUUAAUAUUGAACCACAUCAGAUUCAAGGUCUUGAUUUUAUUCAUAUUUAUCCGAUUGUUCAAUGGCUUGUCAAACGUGUAUUCGAUCGUCGAGCUGAAGUCGGUGAUUUUACUCGUGCCUAUGCAUUAAAUCAAUAUGAAAAACAAUUUCUGGAUAAGAAUAAUAUCGUACAAGUAAACGAAAAAAAACCAUUGACAGAAAAUGUCGAAAUGAUUCGAAUGCGUUAUAGACCAAAAAGACGUUAUCGUUAUUUGGAAACAAAAAAGAAGAAAUACACUCGUGAUGAACGAAAAAGGCGUGUUCAUUCAACACUACUCGAAUUUGGACAAAUGCAUCAGCUUCUUUUAUCGGAUAAUUCGACAUCAUCAUCAACAACAAAUGAGAAUCAACAGAACGAUACAAAGAGUACAGUUGAUGCUAUGAUGAAAAAUAUGGCCGGAGAAAAAACUAAAAUUACCACACAGAAAGUGAAUACACUUGUUAGUAAAGAGCAAAAUAAUUUAAUACGUUUAUUGGAAGAAUAUGAAGAGAAAGAAGCUGCUCUAUUGCAAGAAGCAGCAACAUCUGAAACAGGACAACAACAAUUAUUAAUACGUACAUUAACAAAUCAGUUAAAUAAACAGAAAGAAAAGAUUAAUAACUCGAAAACACAAUUGAACGAAGCACAAGAAAAGAAACAAUUAACUUUCGAUGAAGCAAAAGAGGCUUUGAUCAAACAACAACGUGAACAAAUCGAAAGUGAAAUUGAGCAAUUGGAAAAAGAUGCGCAAAAUAUUGACCCAGAAUCAUUGAAACGUGUUCAGAUAUUAAUGGGAGAAUAUGAAAGUUUAAAAAAGCAAGAAACUGAAAAGAAGAAUAAAUAUAAAGCAGAAAAAGUACAAUUGGAACAAGAAAUAUCAAAAUUAGAAGCGCGACUAAAAAGUGAUAUGAAUGAUGAUCCAGAAAAUGAACGAAUGAAACAGAUUGAUGAACAAUUUCAACAAAUCAAUGAUCGAUUACAAAAACAACGAUUAUUACUCGCUAAAAAGGUGCGCGAUAUAUCUACAAUACAAAGACGUAUUGAUGAUAUACCAUCAAGCGCUGAGUUAGCUCAAUAUCGGCAAUCGUUUUUUCAAUUAUAUAAUCAAAGUGCAGCAUUACAUCGUCAAACAAAACAAAACUACACACUUUACAAUACAUUUACGGACAUGAUUGAUUACAUGACCAAGGAAAUAACACUUAUUGAGUCGAUUAAUGAGGGUUAUCCACAGUAAGUGUGUAUAGAAAAGUUUUUUUGUAAUAAGAUGCUCGUAGGUCAAACUCAGAGUGAAAUUUCUUUUUGACUUUAUUAUACAUAUUCUGAAUCGUCAGGUCGAGCUGAUCACGAAUAUCAUCUUUUUAGUUCGAAAAAAAAUGAAAUCUUGAUGGAGAAAAAUGCGAAAUACUGAGACGAAAAAGCUAAAAACUGUUCUUUUUCAGAAAAUGGUUCAUAAUUUUUUCCCUUUACGUUUUUACUUAUUCUCAUUAAUAUUUUCAAAUUUUACGUUGAAAAAUGAUUCUAGAGGUCUCUUUCAAUGACGUUUGGUCAAAACUGAAAUUUUGGCUGAGCUCAGAACUGGCUAAGCUCAGCGGUCGAUACCCUCAGCUUGCAAACCUAUCUAGUUUUUUGGGUUAAGGGAUAGGUCCCCCAUUCACAUACUGUUAGAUAGCCCAAGUGAUAAGCUUUAAAAGUACGGAGAGAUUGUUUCGAAAAUGUUUUUUCCUUACCGGAAAAAACGCCUUU